GAGCAUUAUCCAACACAUCGUCAACUACACACAUCACUUCACACUGUGCCGUCGUCAACAGACAGUGAGAGAGGUUUGUUGCCAGAACGCACAAAAUCGUAUGUGGGUACAGAAGUUGCCACUACAGAGUGGAUUUAGCAAAGUAACGGUUAAGUGAUUUGAAGGGGGGGACAGAUGGCCAUGAACGGACAGAAUGACAUCCGCAAAGUUUCUAUUCCAAACGGACACCCACAUACGUCUAAAGAGUAUGAGGGACGAGGAACUUGGGGAAACAAAGCCGAGUUCAUCCUGACAGUGAUGGGUGCGAUCAUCGGACCUGGCAAUGUAUGGAGGUUCCCCUACCUGUGCUACAGAAACGGCGGAGGUGUGUUCUUCAUCCCAUACUUCUUGUUCAUGAUUACAUGCGGAAUCCCCUUAUUCUUCCUUGAGACUUCCUUAGGACAAUACACCAGCCAGGGGAGUAUCACGUGCUGGAGAAAGAUUUGUCCACUUUUCGAAGGCAUGGGCUAUGCCAGUCACUUAAUCAUUGCAUUCAGUGCAACCUCCUAUAUUAUCAUCAUUGCAUGGGCGUUCUUUUACCUAUUCUCAUCAUUCAGUGCGGACUUGCCUUGGGCCACAUGUGGACACUACUGGAACACAGACUCAUGUCUGGACCUCAGCCAUCCAAACCUGAACCUUAGCAUGACAUCCAGACUGAAUGUCACUCUUCCUGUUGUGGAGUUCUGGCAGCACCGGGUUCUGAAAAUCUCUAGUGGUAUUGAGGACGUUGGUAGCUUGAGAUGGGAACUGGUCCUGUGUCUCAUCCUGACCUGGAUCAUCUGCUACUUUUGCGUUUGGAAGGGCAUCAAGUCAACAGGAAAGGCUGCUUUCUUUACAGCCACCUUCCCCUACCUUAUGCUGUUGGUGUUGCUCAUACGUGGCGUUACCUUACCGGGGGCAAUAGACGGAAUCAUUUAUUACCUCUAUCCUGACAUCUCCCGCCUCUCAGAUCCCCAGGUGUGGAUGGAUGCAGGCACUCAGAUAUUCUUCUCCUAUGCCAUCGGACUUGGAUUCCUAACCUCUCUUGGGAGUUACAACACCUACAAUAACGACUGUUACAAGGACUGUUUCUACUUGUGUCUACUGAACAGUGCCACCAGCAUUGUGUCAGGCUUCGCCAUUUUCUCUGUUUUGGGUUUCAUGACCAAAGAACAAGGAGUGGAUAUUUCUGAAGUAGCUAAAUCAGGUCCGGGCUUGGCAUUCAUUGUCUACCCGCGUGCUGUAGCCAUGAUGCCGAUGGCUCAGUUGUGGUCGGUGUGUUUCUUCCUCAUGAUCAUUCUGCUCGGAUUGGACAGUCAGUUUGUUGGUCUGGAGUGUCUCAUGACAUCACUGACUGAUUUGUUCCCUUACCUGCGGCAAAAGUACAGACGUGAGCUGGUUCUGCUGGCUAUCUGCAGCACCUGCUGUUUGCUGGGACUCAGCCUGGUCACUGAGGGAGGGAUAUACCUGCUCCAGCUGUUGGACCAUCACGUCUGCAGCGGCACCACCCUGCUCCUCCUCUCCCUCUGCCAGUCGGUCAGCAUUGCCUGGGUGUACGGUGCUGAACGUUUCUAUGGCAACAUCACGGACAUGAUUGGUUAUCGUCCAUACCCAAUGAUGAAGUACUGCUGGCGCUACGUCACCCCCUUUUUCUGUUUUGGCACCUUCAUCUUCUCUAUCGUCAAAUACUCCCCGCUGAAGUUCAGUAACACUUAUGUUUAUCCAUUUUGGGCAAACAUCUUGGGUUGGUUCCUUGCCAGUAUCUCUCUCUCCCUCAUCCCACUGUUUAUGUUAUAUAAAAUGAUGCAAGGGAAAGGCCCUCUCCGACAGCGAUUCUUGCUGCUCUGCCAGCCUGUGGACCUCAGCUUGGAUCACAAAUGUCUUCCUACGCUGGGAACCACUACCAGCGUAGAGCUCAAACCUUUAUCCCAAAGUGGGGAACUCACUCAGUGAACGCAAACAGUAGUUCAUCAUGAUUAAUGCUAUAUUGUGAAGUCAUUCUAAAACAAGUGUCAGAGGGAUCUUGCUUUUGUUUGAUUGUUAUUAUUUUUUAUAUUUUUUUUACAGAGCCCUGCCUUCAUCUCCACAAAAAAAAAAAAAAAAAAAGGUGUUGGUUUAACUGUAACGUUUUUCUAAAUAUAUAAUUUUGCAGGGAUAAUGAAAUUAUGUCACUCGGUAAAGAUGGAUUUCGUUUUCCAUUUAAGCUUAAACAUAUGCAAAGAUCUCAAAGGGCAGAUCACUAUCUGACGUGUUGCAUUUGCUUGUGUAUGUGUGUGGUGUUUUU